UCGCGCCCGCCGCCGAUAAGCCCGAUAAGAUUUGCGCUAUGGAAUCACGUGAACUCGUACGCGCUCACCCACAACAAAACACAAACACCGCGAAAUGGACGAUGACAAUGACUUCUUUAUUCGCCCAUCCUCCUCCCUGACGAGCGCAGAUGAACGCGCUGCUGCUGCCGUCAGGCGUCUCGAAAACAUUGCAUUGCCUACGCCAGGCAGCGCGAGGGUUAAGGUCGACAAAGUUGUUGUUGUGGAUGCACUGAAUGUUAUUGGACCACAUGCUGUACGAAAUGGGCUCACGGAUGAGAUGAUGUCGCGUCUUGUAGAGGUGAUCGCGAAUCCCAACAGCGCACUCGACAGCGGCACGGCUAGCCUUCUCGUCAAAGCGCUGCUGCCACGAAACAGAGUACCAGAGAGUAUCGUGCUCAAAAUUGUCGGCUGUCUCGGCCGUGGAGACGGUCGUGCUCCAUUUACUGCACAACCAGCUCUCCUCAGACUUCUACUCCUCCUACAACCGUAUCUCGCCUCGCCGACACAUCUUUCAAAGCUAUACGGAGUUUUGUUUCACUACCUUGGUUACACAACUCUCCGCCCUUACCUCUGCCACAUCCUGUUCCUCAUCACAAGACGAAAGCAUGUUACACCGGCACGCAUCAGUGCUGUAAACGAGUACAUCAAAUGGAGUGUGGAGGAUGGAGCAUUGAAUGCACUUCUGCGAGUGUAUGCGGAUUAUUACCCGGACGUCGUAGUCGCGAACACACGAAGAGGUGGAAGACGUGGAGUGGUGUUCAAAGAUCCUGAUCCGGAGUUCUCGGAGCGUCUGGCUGCCAUCCAGGCCAAGCAGGGUGAUAGGCCCUCCAGUGGUGGUUUCGAGGGAGCUAAACGCCGGCGAACGGGUGAAGGCAGCUAUCUCAUCCCUGACUCCCAUACAUACGGCAGCACAUCUACCACCAUCACAACCCUUGAGGAAAUCCGAUCAAUCCAUGAUCUGGUCGAGAGCAUCGAGAAGCUGGAGUUACCAAGUCAGUUGGCUUCUGUGCUCGACGAGGAAGUGCUGCAAGUGCUAUUGAUACAUAAGGGUGGAGAGAUGGUAGACGCGAGGCUGAAUCAUUGGGUGGGGCAUAUGCUCGAGGAGGAGUGGACCGCCAUUCGUCUGGCUAAGGCAGGAAAGAGGACAGAGAGAUUCGUAAGUUUGUUGGAAAAGAUUGAGAGGUACACAGCAAGGACAGGGCAGAUGCUUUUGGCAGUGGAGGAUUGGCUGGCCGAUAUGUUGCCAUCAUGGGAUGGCAUGAUCCUAAGAGAGGGUGUCAUGAAGCUCCUGGCUUGGGUUAGCCCAGAGGCCGAAGACAUCAAAGAAGCAUUCUUGGAUCCAGUACAAGCCUUGUUCGAUAAAGGCGACAAGGUGUUCCGACGUGGAUGGCUUGUUUGCAUUGGCAAGAUCGUGCGUCGUUGGGGUGUCUAUCACGUCGCAUACCUUACUUCGGACGCCUCCAGCUUACAACACCUAGCGACAUGCUUGAAUGCUUGCACCGCACUGGUCCUUUCAGAAAGUGCAUGCUACACUGUCGUACUCGUCUGCUACGAGCAAUUCGCCGCCCUCCCCCUCGACCGCGAUAUUAUGCAAAUCCACCUGCCCCCAGCCCCACUCAUUCAGCACGUCUUCUUCUCCGGCUCCCCAACUCAUACCUCUAUCCUCUGCGGCCUCAUCGCCCGUUUCAAGACCGCAUUCGAGCUCUACGAUGCUCGCGCGCGCAAAGGACAUGGUGAGUUGUUGAGCAAAGACUUUGUGGCGGGGUUCAAUAGUUAUGUUAUGGAUGUAUGUAAUUGUCUGUGGAGGGGCAGAGGGUUUAAUCGGAGCGAUCGGAAUGCGACUGGGUUUGGGCUCGGGGAGGAGGCUAUUGAGAAGUUGAGGGGCGUUGCGGCAGCGAGGGGGGAUAACCUUGCUGGGCUGUUCUCGCUCACUCAUUCUCCGCUGUUCGCACUCUAUUCCGCUCGCACAUUCGCUUCCAUUCUCGAACGACAGUGUUCGACGGUGUCUGUCACGGAUCCAGUUACAAACGUCAUGUUGAAGCAGCUUGCAGAGAGCGGAGGUCCGAAAAUUGAUUAUAGCGAUUUUAGGGUAGAGUUACUCGAAGAAUUAAGAGAGGGCGGGCUUGUUGGUGUUGUGGAGUUCUUGUAUGGGAGUAUGACGAGUUUGAUGAGUCGGAAGAGUGGUGUUGGGAAUGGGUUGGGGAGGUAGGGAUGAGAAGUGGACGGAGGAUUUCGAUACCCGUUAUAUACGUGAGCAGCUUAGUUAUGUGUAAUGAUAUUUCUUGGUCGUACGUACCGGAUUGCCC